AUGGCCGUCGCGCUGCUGGUCGCCGUGCCCCUGCUGCUGCUGCAAGCGCCCGCCGACACCGGCGCCCACUACGAGAUGAUGGGCACCUGCCGCAUGAUCUGCGACCCGUAUAGCGGCGGGCGGCCGCCCGGCCCCGGCAGCACCGCCGCCGUGGAGGCCCUGCAGGACCUGGGCGCCAACCCCCCGCCGCCCUUCGUCCAGGGACCCAAGGGGGAGCCGGGCCGGCCGGGCAAGCCGGGCCCCCGCGGGCCGCCCGGGGAGCCGGGUCCUCCGGGUCCGCGGGGCCCGCCGGGGGAGCGGGGCGACGCGGGGAAGCCGGGGCUGCCCGGGCUGGCGCUGGCGGGCGCGGGCGGCGGCGGGAGCGGCGGCGGGGCGGCCGCGGGCGGCGAGGCGGCGGGCGGGCUGAGCGCCGCCUUCAGCGGGCCGCGCAUCGCCUUCUACGUGGGGCUCAAGAGCCCCCACGAGGGCUAUGAGGUCCUCAAGUUCGACGACGUGGUGACCAACCUGGGCAACCACUACGACCCGGCCAGCGGCAAGUUCACCUGCCAGGUGCGCGGCAUCUACUUCUUCACCUACCACAUCCUCAUGCGCGGCGGCGACGGCACCAGCAUGUGGGCCGACCUCUGCAAGAACGGCCAGGUGCGGGCCAGUGCCAUCGCCCAAGAUGCAGACCAGAACUACGACUACGCCAGCAACAGCGUGGUGCUGCACCUGGACUCUGGUGACGAAGUGUAUGUCAAGCUGGAUGGAGGCAAAGCACACGGAGGCAACAACAAUAAGUACAGCACUUUCUCUGGCUUUCUUUUAUACCCUGAUUAA